UAUAAUCAGAGAUUUUUAAAAUUUAAAAUUAAGAUUAAAAAGAUGUCAGAUUAAUUUUGCUCGCUAGCGAUUUUGAUUCACACAGAUCUGAAGUCGAUUUUCUGGGAAUGCAUCGAUCGCUCCAAAUGGGAAGUCAUCUGUACCUACUUGCCUGGUCAAACUGUCACCUCGACAAAACUCGAUAUAGACACUUACUAGCGCAUGCGAACACGGUGUACUUGAAAUGCAAAGCUUCAUAGAGGAAUGCACGAGAGCGUAUUCGUUCGAAGGAUUCGCUAUCCGUGGCUAUCUUAUAUUCGCGGGGUCAAGCCACGAGUUAUAUUAUAUCAUAGACAUGUAUAGUUUAAUAUACUAUGCAGUGCCAUAUACAUAUAUACCUCUUGAUUCGUUUGCAGCGCAAGAAAUAAAUCGGCGUGCGCGUGCGACUUCUAACGACAGGCUCUGUACGAGAUGAAUGUAUGCCAGCCAAAUACAUAUAUGUAUUACACGUAUAUAUACAUACACACACUGGUGCAUGUUCAAGCGCGAUCGUUCAUGGUAUCUCUUUCAACUUUCUGUUUCAUGCUUGCCUUCGCCUGGAUACCCCACCGCACGCGUCUUUCAACCGAAAAUUCACCAUGUGCAUACCGUUUCCACUGCUUUGAUCCCAACUCGACCGGUGCAAUCCCGAUGUCCUGUGAGAGGUCCACGUCGAUCCAAUCCUCUAAUUGGUCUCCUGAAACAUCCAUGUGAUCUAUACGAUGAUUCCCGUCUGAUCCUUGCUUCGCUCCGAUCGAAUUACACUCAUGUGGCGAUUGUGUGACAACUCUCCCGCUCGUACGUCGAAAAUUUUCGCGACAAACUAAAUAUUAAACCGUCACGUUAUUAAUUAAUGACUUAAAAAAACUUAUUAUCUGUCCGUAAAAUUAUCCCGUACAUCUCACGAUAAACGAUAAAUAUGUAAUAACAAAACGCGUAUGCACGCAUCGUCAAUAUUGUUGGUCGCACGCCACUUAAAAUUCGAUGCAAAAUUGUCAAUCAUUUUUUUCGCGUUCGUUAACCAAUCAUACGACGAAACUCUGUGGUGAUGGGUUGUCGGUGCUUUCUCUUCUUCCCCCUUCUGUCUUUUUUUUUUUAUUUCUCACAAUCACUGAUCUCGUUUCGUUCGUUGGUGGCCACGCUGAAUCGUUUGAUAAAUAUUUGGCAAACGAAUGAACGAAAUAAAAUGACAUACGGAUUCAAACAUCAUGCGACUCGCGAUGAUAAAACGAAAAAUAAACGAUAUGAUAAUAUUGAUUAUAUAUAUAUGAAUAUAUAUAUACAUAUAUAUAUAUAUUUAUAUAUAUUUAUAUAUACAUAACGUUGGCUUGGUAUGUGUGCACCGCGCCGCAUUAUUUCGAUGCCCGCCCAUCAAAUCUCGAUGCCCCCGUGGACAAAAUCGGAAUUAAUGUCUGUGCGGCACACCCUGGUACAUGCAUCCGUCGUUCAUCGAAUUUAAUAUGUGUAUAAUAUUGCGCGCCCGAAUACGCACGUACGUUCGCGCGCUCCAAUACGCGUGGCAACCAACGCGCCGAAAUCUUCUCGUUUGCACAACCAUGCGUGUAAACGAACUCGAAAAAAAAAAAUAAUAAUAAUAAUAAAUAAAUAAAACGACGGGCGCGAUGACAAGCCGACGAUUUACACUUUCGUUUUCCGUAAUUUACGCUUUCAUUUUUCUCGCGCUUUUUCACUCGUUACCGGCGUGUUUAUCGGGAACGACGAACGGCUGCGGCCGCAAUUUAACCGACGACUCAUCAUGUUCCUUCGUGGAGUGCUUAAAAAAAUAAAAUAAAAUAAAAUAAAAUAAUAACUCAAAAUUAAAUGAAUGACACGUAUAAAAUAUUUUUUUGGAACUGAACGAUAAAACGAAUUCGAUCUCACUGUCGUACAUGUACCUGGAUGCUCCGAGGACACGCUCCACGCGUGUCUCCUUUGAUCUGGUGCCUUCUCCACCGAAUUCAACCGACUGUGGUAAUGAAUGACCACCAAAAAAACUACCGAUACUUGAAAAAAAUAUACCGUACGAACACUGCCUCGUUUGCUGCAUGUGGAUCGCCUUAGCAGCCUUAGCCACUGUCGGGGCCCAAAUGGUCCCUCAAAACGCUCACUGUGUCGUCUACACAGACAGCUGCGGACAGUUACUGGACACCCUCCCGGUGUGCCAAGAUUUUAAUCGACAAGUGUGCAACCGUCCCGCCUGCAAGUUUAUUCAUCUCAAUGAUGGAAACGUGGAGGUGAUUGACAACCGUGUAACGGUGUGCAGAGACGCAGUGAAGGGUGCGUGCAUGCGACCUCAGUGUAAAUAUUACCACAUACCGGUCGCGUUGCCGCCGGCGCCUCUGAUGGCGAUCGCAUCGUCUGCCUCGCCUUAGGGUUACUUUUGCCAGCGGCUAACGCUGGGACCGCAAGAGGAAACGAGGAAGAAGAUUCGAUAAGUUUGCGCGAACACGCAUCUCCGUACAUGUCGGGAUUAUUGUGCAUCGAGGCGGCAUCAGUAGCGACACCGGCGAACAAAGCGUAUGAGAAGAAAUGGAGGCACACCGAAUAUCGCCGUUCUUGUCGUCGAUUCGAUUUAGCUUCAACAGCACGUCGAUAUUCCUCCGCGACAUUCCUUUCCGAUGUACAUGCUUAUAAUGCACACGCACGAAUGUGCGAACGCACGUUCAGGUGACAGGGGGGAAAUAGCGCGCGGUAGGAAGAAUAAGAGUAGGAAAACGUUGCCGAAGAGAGGUUUCUGUUCGGCAUGAAGUCGGAACGGAGAAGGAAGAAAAUACAUAUAAGCCCGAAAGUUCUUGCAUAUGUAAGAGACGUUGUUGCCGAAAGAGAAGACUGAAAGAGAAAGAAUUUUGGGUGAUUGGAUCGUGGAAGUUGAAAGACCGAGUAAUCCGGUAAAUCGUUGCGUCGUCGUGAAGAUUGUAUCAUCAAAGUAUUCGUUAGAAACGCAGCGAGCUAGUGAGCAAAGUCUUCCUUAAUGUCGUCUUUUUUUCUUUCGAUUUAUAUUUGGCUUCCCACGCAUCGUGUAAGGGUAAAUAAACUCGAAACGAUUCGGAAUAAUUCGUAAAACCGGAGCGGUAUUUCAACUUUCACGAUACUCUUAUUUUUUUUCGUUAACUCGCUGGGUCUUUCGGAACGAGUGUAAAGCAUCGACGGGAAAACAAUGACAACGUUUUGUCCCAGCGGGUAAACAUGAAACUUGAAUACAUCGGGAUCCAUUCUUCUCGCGAUCGAGCGAGUUAGCGAACAAUGACCCGCGGUUCAGUAUCGUUUAAGUUUCUAUGACUUCUCAUUGACGUGGCGAAGUCGCAUCAGCUCCUUUCUCGGUCUUAAUUAAUAAUCGAUGAAUAAUAGUUUUUUCGAGGGCAGCAAAAAGCUGAAGAAAUAAGUUUUAUUCUCGAUUUUGAAAUCUUGCUUUUAUGAUAUCGAUAUUUCGAAUACAAUUAUUUUUGUUCUAUGAUCGAAAAAUAGAAGAAACAAGAAAGAGUCAUAUAUAAAAUACUAUAUAAGACACUUGUCUUAUACAGCAACUUGCAACAUUAGCAACGUUAGCAAUAUUAUUACAAUAUUACUGACGGAACGUUGAUGCAACAUUGUUGGAAUGUCUUGUAUAUUGUAUAGGAUCUUUCUUCAUCUCUUUUUCAUCAUAGAAAGAAAUAAUUGCAUUAUGUUUUGCAAAGAUAUGAAUGACGUUUAUAAUAGAUUUUAUAUUUUCUAUGUUUGCGAGAACUUCACAUUCUCUUAUAUCUACAAUUUUCUUCCUUUUCCCAAUUUCUGACAUGCACUCAGUGUCUUCUUUCGCCGUGACGUGUGAUGCACGUUCGCGCAAUGCAAGACAUGCUCGUUAGAAAAUCCGAAGAGAGUUUGUCUCGAAAUAUUGUUCUAUAAAGGCGUAUAUUAAUAUUAUACAUAUAAUUAUAUUAUAUAUUUACGCCAGAUUUCGGCGUAAGAAAGAAAUCGUAACCUUAUCACACAUAAGUAGAUUAGCUAGGGGCCGCGAAUCAACGCGAUGAAACAAAUGACCGAAGAACACUGAUUUUGAAGAAAAAGAAGAAGAGAAACGUAUAUAAUACAAAAUAUAACGACGAUAAAAUAUCACCGAGAUGAUGAGAGAAUUUACACGAGAUAUGAUAUAACGCGGCGAACGCAUAACGAAGUUUUUUAUACUCGUAUAUAACAAAUCUCAAUUAUAUUUUGUUUUUAUGAUAAUAAUGUAAACGCCUGUGUGUAUAUACGUACGAGGAGAGACAUGUAUAUGUAUAUGUAUGCAUAUGCGAGAGGGUGUAACGAUUUCGCUCGAAGAGGAGCAUAAUAGUUAUCGGCGGAUUGAUUGGCGGCAAUUAGAUGAGAGGCGAAGUGAGGUAAUGGUCGGAAAUGGUCGAAAUUUCAGAAACUGCGAAGCGAUCAAUUCUCUCGCGCGAGAGGAAUAGAAAGCCUUAAUGAGGUUUACACCGGCUAUUUGACUUUCGACCGUCUUACUUGAUUCGCGAGAACCGAGCAAACGCCGAAAAUCGCACAUUCUAUAGGCUGGUAAACACUAAUUAAUUAUUACACUACGACAAAUGUAUAUGACAAAUUUAUAUGCAUACGAUAAGAAAUUAUAUUUAAUUAAAGGUAGGCUCUCUUCAGGGGGAGUUGGAAGUAUAAAACAAGAGCGAUCGCGAGAGGAGAUAUCGCGAGAUAUUCUUGGUGCGUACGAAAGCUGCCGAGAGAGACGAGAGGAAUCGUUUUAUAUAUCUGCUCUUCGAGACAAAUGAAAAAAAAAAAAAUGAAACAAUCGAUCCGCUGGAUCGCGUGUAUAGGUUUACACGAUUGAUAGGGAAUAAGUUUAUACGUUGUUUCAGUCUUCGUAAAUACGCGACCCUUCGUAAUUACUUUAAUUAUUGCGUUAAUUAUCCUUUAAUCUAAUAAUUAUUCAUUUCCCGUGAAGGACCCCCCUCCAUCGAUCGAGUCUUUCGUCAUUAAAUGCAUUCUUCAUGAUAAUUCUUUCGUGCACGCUUAAUUGCAUCUUUGAAGGUAACUCUCUACGAUUACGCGUGCACUUUGCAUAUAUACAUAUAUAUAUAUUCGCGUUUGCGAAUCUCAUUUCUUUCCACAGUUAAAAAUUUAAACGAUACAUUCUCGCGUCCAGAAAAAAAAAACAAAUAUUCCGAACAAUAUUUUUUUACAAGGUAUACAUAUAUACGUCGAAAAUAUUAAUGUUAAGGCACGCUUGCGGAUCUAAUUUCCUUGAAAAUAUCUCGUGGGCUGAUGCUCACUCGAUAGAAUUUGCUCUGGAGAGUCAUUCUCAGAGUUUAAUUUCAUAAAGUAUGCCAUCAGUCUAAGACUUUGAAAAUUUCAUUACAUAUGCUAACACUUACAAAUAUGUGGCAAUGCUUGAAAGACAUUUUACCGUCCAGGAGAGGCUUACACCAACUUUCCCGACCAACGACACGAUAUGAUCUAUCGAAUAUUCAUACCGAAAUAUAUUGCGAAAUGAAAAAUGCACUUUUGAACUAGUCAUGAUGAUGGGACAGGAUCCUUCACAACUUCCCUUUUUGUACUGUUAGAUAAUAUUAUAUUCUUUUUUUUAAACUUAGUUAAUGCAUUAAUCGUUUAAUUGUUUAAUCGAUCACAUUGAUGAUAGUUUUAAAUAAUUAUUUAAACGAAAUUUAGGAAUAUAACAAAGUACUCUAACGACAAAAUAAGAAUAAGCCUACGGAUAUAAAAUAAUAAAUAAAAAUAAAAUUAAACGAGUGAUUAAAGAGUUAAGCAAGUAAAUGUUCCUGUACAGCAUUUAAGAAUCAAAGGACACUCUUAUCAAAGCAAAAGGAAAAAACAGAUUAUACACCUUUGGUAUUAGAAGGGAAAGAUCCGAGGCUGGCGAAUAUAGUUGGAAGUUCAACUUUGUAAAUUACUCGUGUACAUAAAAUAGUAUUAAUGCGUGAGAAAUAACUCUCGAGGUUUUAGAGUAGACAGAAUAAAAGUACUGAGGAUUCUAGGAA